GCCGGCGGACGAACCGGCGGCCGACACGCGAGAGUGCGCGAGCGGGGGGUGCUACGUUAGCACACACACGCGGAUUCGUCGCUUUUUCCGAAGGGAGCACACGGCGAGCGUGCCCUCGCGUGUUCUCCGAACGAACGAACGAGAACGGUCGCACGCUGAGACGAGGACCGCGACGAAAAGAACGAGAGAGGGAGAGGGAGAGAGAAAGAGAUACGAUGAUGUACGUGCUACGGCCGAUCGUAACCUCCACGGAGGCGCAUCCGCGCGUGAAAAACAUGUACGAGAUGCGAAAUAUCCAAGGGGUCGAGCGACAUCGGCGCGACGAGAAAGAGGAGACGACCGAGAGCCAGACGACGAUGACGCCGCCGCCGUGUGAUGGUACCAAGAUGCCCGAUGUCACAGAGCAGGUUAUCCGCCUUCUGCAGCGCACCUCGCCGGACUACAACACGUUAGCGACCAGGCAGGAGGAAAUACUCAGGCAGUUGGCGGAGCUCAAGGCGCAGAUCUCUACGCUGUGCAAGUUCUUGAAACGACCUGGCCAGGAAGCUAUGAGCAGCAAGAUACUGAAUGCAAUCAGUGGAAUGCGGGCUGCGAGAAAUUGCCGAUCUCAGGUACCAGUCCAAGUUAGCCUAGUGUUAAAUGUAAACCCGUGGAAGCCGCCGUUCUCGAUAUACGCGUUGCAAAAGCUUUGGAAGGAUACUAACAUCACUGUGAAAUCGUACACUCAUUCAACUAUCAUUGGGCGAGUGCCCAUCGAUUUCCCCAACAGUACUCAUCCUGAUGUAAAUAACGUCGUGAAUUUAACAGUAAUAUUUAAAGCAGUCAAUGACCUGGAGAUGGUCACGAGCCUGCUCAGAUAUCCCGUGAUCGGCGAGGUGAAUUUUCUCAGAUACCUGAGCAGACUGCUGGAGGCGCACAAUUACGAAAGGAACGACCUCGCGUACGUGAGCGCGACGGAUAAUAUUCUCGAUUGUUGUUGUCGCGUGCGUCAUCAAACGUCCCGCGACCGAAUCGACGAGGCGUUGCUCUUGCUUUAUCAACAACUGGAGCAAACGCGAUGGAGGAGCGGCAGGAACGGCGAGCCCGAUAUCGCGGAUAUCGCCGCGUGGUCCACGAUUAAACAGUUCUCGUCGAACAGAAGAUUGCCACGAUUUAUUCAAGAGUGGUACGACAUUUGCGACGAGACUUUCAUGAACAACGCCUCGGCUCAUUAGCACAUCCGCGCUCUUCCAUCGAUCGAAGAUUUUUACAUACAGUGCGUUUUGAAAUUUUAAUAAAUUAUUUUGUUUUCUUUGCAGAAAAA